UUGUUUAUAAGGGAGCUGUAACAGUAUUCUCCUCGGUCCUCCUCCUCCAGCUGGGUUCCUCUUCUGGAGUCCUACUCCCACCCACUGUUUCCGCAUUCAUCCCUGAGUGGUCGACCGGUGGGAACGUGAAGGGAGAGGAAGAGACAGGCUGCCAAACCAGGGAAUUCCUUCCAGUUUGAAAAGGAAGUCUGCUGAUGUUAAAGUUAACAUCCUUUUAUGUGUUAACAUUUGACUUUGGAAACAAAAAUGAACUUUGCGGAGGGAGAGGACUCGAAGAGAUACUGCAUUAAAACAAAACAUGUGGCCAUUAUCUGUGCGGUGGUGGUGGCUGUAGGACUAAUAGUAGGACUUGCCGUGGGCUUGACCACGUCGUGUGACUCCACAGCCCCAACUCCUUCCCACUCUCCUCCCACUGCGAGCCCUCCGCAGGACCAGGGGGUCUGCCCUGCCAGUGAAGAUGAAAGUGGAGGCUGGAAAAACUUCAGGCUGCCGGACUUCAUCAACCCAGUGCACUACGACCUGGAGGUGAAGCCCCUGUUGGAGGAGGACACGUACACGGGCAUCGUGACCAUCUCCGUCGCCGUGAGCGCACGCACCCGUUACCUGUGGCUGCACCUCCGUGAGACCAGGAUCACCCAGCUCCCGGUGCUGAAGAGGCCCUCCGGGGAGCAGGUGCAAGUCAGGCGAUGCUUCGAAUACAAAAAGCAGGAGUAUGUGGUGGUGGAGGUCGAGAAGGAGCUUGAGCCCAGCAGUGGCGACGGGCUCUACCUCUUGACCAUGGAGUUCGCCGGCUGGCUCAACGGCUCGCUCGUGGGAUUUUACAGAACAACGUACAUGGAGAAAGGGCAAAUCAAGAGCAUAGCAGCCACUGAUCAUGAACCAACAGAUGCCAGGAAAUCCUUUCCUUGUUUUGAUGAACCCAACAAAAAGGCGACUUUUACAAUAUCUAUCAUCCACCCCAAAGAAUAUAAGGCAAUUUCAAAUAUGCCAGUUGAGAAAAAAGAGUCACUGGAUAAUAAAUGGAAUCAAACAACUUUCAAGAAGUCUGUCCCCAUGAGCACCUACCUGGUGUGCUUUGCGGUGCAUCAGUUUGACUCUGUAGAGAGAAAAUCAAAUAAGGGAAUACCUCUCACUAUAUAUGUCCAGCCAGAGCAAAAGCACACAGCUGAAUAUGCUGCAAACAUAACUAAAAGUGUGUUUGAUUAUUUUGAAGAAUAUUUUGCUAUGGAUUAUGCUCUUCCUAAAUUAGAUAAAAUCGCUAUUCCAGAUUUUGGCACUGGGGCUAUGGAGAACUGGGGACUCAUCACUUACAGAGAAACAAACCUGCUUUAUGACUCUCAGGAGUCGGCCUCAUCAAACCAACAGAGGGUGGCCAGCGUGGUUGCCCAUGAACUUGUGCAUCAGUGGUUUGGAAAUAUUGUGACCAUGGAAUGGUGGGAAGACUUGUGGCUAAAUGAAGGAUUUGCUUCCUUCUUUGAGUUCCUAGGAGUAAACCAUGCAGAAAAAGAGUGGCAAAUGCAUGACCAGAUGUUACUUGAAGAUGUAUUACCUGUACAAGAGGAUGACUCUUUGAUGUCAUCGCACCCAAUUGUUGUCACAGUAACAACUCCUGCUGAAAUAACAUCUGUUUUUGACGGAAUAUCCUAUAGCAAGGGAGCUUCCCUUCUGAGAAUGCUUGAAGACUGGAUAACACCAGAGAAAUUUCAAAAAGGAUGUCAGACUUACUUGGAAAAAUACAAAUUUGGGAACGCAAAAACUUCACAUUUUUGGGCAGCACUUGAAGGGGCAAGUAAUUUACCAGUGAAAGAGGUAAUGGACACUUGGACAAAACAGAUGGGCUAUCCUGUUCUUAAUGUGAAAGAUAUGAGGAACAUCACACAGAAACGUUUUCUGUUGGACUCAAGAGCUAAUUCUUCUCAGCCACAUUCAAUUCUUGGUUACACAUGGAAUAUUCCAGUUAAAUGGACUGAAGAUAAUGCAUCAAGUAUUACACUCUACAACAGGUCAGAAGCAGGAGGAAUCACUUUGAACUCUUCUAAUCCUAGUGGAAAUGUUUUUCUCAAAAUAAACCCAGAUCAUAUUGGGUUUUAUCGUGUAAAUUAUGAAGUACCAACUUGGAACUGGAUAGCUACCAAUCUUUCCUUCAACCAUAAGGGCUUUUCUUCUGCUGAUCGUGCAAGUCUUAUUGAUGAUGCUUUUGCCUUGGCAAGAGCCCAACUUCUUGAUUAUAAGGUGGCUCUGAACCUUACCAAGUAUCUCAGAAUGGAAGAGGAUUUUUUACCAUGGCAGAGAGUCAUUUCAGCUAUAACUUAUAUCAUUAGCAUGUUUGAAGAUGAUAAAGAACUAUACCCUAUGAUUGAGGAAUACUUCCAAGGUCAAGUGAAACCCAUUGCAGAUUCUCUGGGAUGGAAUGAUACUGGAAACCACAUCACAAAGUUACUCCGUGCCUCUGUGUUAGGGCUUGCAUGCAAGAUGGGAGACAGAGAAGCCCUGGACAAUGCUUCCCGGUUAUUUCAGCAGUGGCUAACUGGGACUGUAAGGCUUCCUGUAAAUCUCAGGCUUCUGGUGUAUCGUUACGGAAUGCAGAACUCUGGUGACGAGACUUCAUGGAACUACAUGCUUGAUCAAUACCAGAAAACUUCAUUAGCUCAAGAAAAAGAAAAACUUUUGUAUGGAUUAGCAUCAGUGAAGAAUGUUACUCUUUUGUCAAGGUAUCUGGACUUGCUCAAGGACUCAAACCUUAUUAAAACUCAGGAUGUGUUUACAGUCAUCCGAUAUAUUUCAUAUAACAGCUAUGGGAAGAACAUGGCCUGGAAUUGGAUACAGCUCAACUGGGAAUAUCUAGUCAACAGAUAUACACUCAAUGACAGAAACCUUGGCAGGAUUGUCACAAUAGCAGAGCCAUUCAACACUGAACUACAGCUCUGGCAGAUGGAAAGCUUUUUCAAAAAGUAUCCAGAAGCUGGAGCAGGAGAAAAACCUAGGGCUCAAGUACUGGAAACAGUGAAAAACAAUAUCGAGUGGUUAAAACAAAAUAGAAACACCAUAAGACAAUGGUUUUUUGAUUUACCUAGGAAUGGCUAAUGUUUUCAAAUAUCAUAUUUUAAUUUUAUAAAUCUAUUGUUUCUCCUAUUAAACAUUUGGUGGCUUAAUUUACAAGCACUUUGGAGGGAGUCUUAUACACGGAUAUUCCAUUUGCUAAGUAUUGUGUUCAUAUGUCUUGCAAAGCUUUUACAUUGUUCCUCUUUAUUUAGGAAGAAGAGAGUAGUUAAUGUACUCAGGGAUGUCUUCUAAGUCUAAUUCGUAGGAGAUUCUUCAUAAGCUGAAGAGAAUUUUAUAGCCAUUUUAAUGUUUUUAAAUAUCCUCAUUGUAUCUUAAAUCUGUGAAAAUAGAACAAUUUAGACUUAGAUUUACAUUUUUAGUACAAAAGAAACACCACUUAAUCUUCUCUCUUGAUUGAUUUUUAAAGUUUAAAUACCAGUACUUGAGGGACGAAUAUUAUCAUCCUAAUCUUUAUUAUUCAGAAUUAUACAGAUCUAUAUCAUUGUAUUCACAAGUGUCUUAUGCCUUUAUAUCCUACCAAAGUAAUUCAGACUUAAAUUUUACUCAAGGAUUGCAUGAAUUAGCCAAAGAAAUGGCUGACUGUUGCCUUUCUCUUACAAAAUCAACAAAAGAACUCUCCUCUCCUUUUUAAAAUAAAUAUGAAUGAUUACCUUGAAAAAAAUA